UCGGCCUCCUUCCCUCUCCAUUUUAAACAGAAAACAUAAACCCUAACACACACUCAUUCACUUCCUCCCGGUCCUCUCGCUCGCUCUCAGACAAAUAGAAUGAAGAAGAAGAACCAGAAGACGACCGACUCGUCGGCCGCAGCUCUUAUUCCUACACGUUCUACGGCCGAUCUCAAAGCCCUAAUUCAAUCUCACAGCGACUUCUUCGACAGGCUAAUCGAACUCAUCCCAGCAAGAUUCUACCUCCCACCUGAUGACGACGUUUCUGACAACCCCAAGCCCUACUUCCACGGCCUCUCCAAAGCUGCCAAAGCUUCCCUCAAACGCCAAUCCAAGCAAAACCUCAAACUUGCCCGCCGCAACCGCCUCGACCCGGACAAAAUCUCCCAUUCCUCCACCCUCGACCUUCUCAAACAAUCCCUGGACACCAGUGCCCAUGGCGGUGAGGUUGCUGAAAUACCCCCGCAAGACGUCCCGAGGGCUAUUGAUUUAGAGGAGAAGAAUGGUGGGGAUGGUAAUGAUGGUGAAAAGGGUCAAGAAAAGCAGGUUACUUACGAAGAAUUGCGUGAGAAAUUGAGGAAAAAGAUUGAGUCGUUACGCGGGAAUCGAGGCGAGGGAAUAGGAGUGCUAGGAAGGGGAGGGAGGAUAAUAAGGAUAGAGAUAAUCAUAGAGGAGAAAAGAAGAGAAAGAGGGAUGGUGAAGGGAGCAGUGGGAAGGGUGUUGAAGUGGUGGAAAAUGACAGUGAAGAGAUAA